UAGAUCUUGAUAUCCAGAAAAAAGCCCAUGACUCACUAAUCACUCUUGUUUGCACUUUACACUUUCCAACAUUUUAUCUUCUCAAAACUCUUAAAAUCAUUUUUUGUUUGUAGAUUUCAGAAAUGGAUAUUGGCUUAGCAGUUGGUGGUGCAUUUCUCUCUUCAGCUUUGAAUGUUCUCUUUGAUAGGCUUGCUCCUCAGGGCGAGCUUUCCAAGAUGUUUCAGAAGAAUAAGCAUGAUGUUCGACUCUUAAAGAAGCUGAAAAUGACUUUGGUUGGCCUUCAGGCUGUGUUAAGUGAUGCAGAGAAUAAGCAGGCAUCAAAUCGACACGUGAGCCAGUGGCUUAAUGAACUUCGAGAUGCUGUGGACGGCGCUGAAAACUUAAUAGAACAAGUCAACUAUGAGGCUUUAAGGCUUAAGGUGGAAGGUCAACUUCGAAAUCUUGCAGAAACAAGCAACCAGCAAGUAAGUGACCUCAACCUGAGCUUGAGUGAUGAUUUUUUUGUUAACAUAAAGGAGAAGUUGGAAGACACCAUUGAAACAUUGGAGGAUUUGCAAAAACAAAUUGGUCUCCUUGGCUUAAAGGAGCAUUUUGCUUCGACUAAACGAGAAACUAGAAGACAGUCAACUUCUUUGGUUGAUGAAUCUGAUGUCUUUGGUCGGCAGAAUGAAAUAGAGGAAUUGAUUGAUCGUUUAUUGUCCAAGGAUGCAAGUGAAAAAAGUCCGACUGUUGUCCCUAUUGUUGGAAUGGGGGGUGUGGGCAAGACAACACUUGCUAAAGCUGCUUACAAUGAUGAGAAGGUAAAAAGCUAUUUUAAUUUGAAAGCUUGGUUUUGUGUGUCUGAGCCAUAUGAUGCUAUCAGAAUAACAAAAGGGUUACUUCAAGAAAUUGGCUCAUUUGACUUAAAGGAUGACAAUAAUCUCAAUCAGCUACAAGUCAAAUUGAAGGAAAGCCUUAAUGGAAAAAGGUUUCUCAUUGUCCUUGAUGACAUGUGGAACAAUGACUAUAAUGAGUGGAAUGACUUGACAACUCCUUUUAUACAAGGAGAUAUGGGAAGUAAGAUCAUUGUAACUACACGUAAGAAGGAUGUUGCCCGGAUGAUGGGUAGUGGGGCAGUCAACGUGGGGACUCUGUCUAGUGAAGCCUCUUGGGCUUUAUUCAAACGACAUUCGUUAGAAAACAGGUAUCCCGAGGAACAUCCAGAACUUGAAGAGGUUGGAAAACAAAUUUCAGACAAGUGCAAAGGAUUGCCUUUAGCUCUAAAGACACUUGCUGGUUUUUUAUGCUCCAAAUCAGAGGUGGAUGAGUGGACAGACGUUUUAAGAAGUGAAAUAUGGGAGCUGCCACGUCGUCCGAAUGGUAUAUUACCAGCAUUGAUGUUGAGCUACAAUGAUCUUCCUGCACAUUUGAAGCAAUGUUUUGCUUUUUGUGCUAUAUAUCCUAAAGAUUAUCAAUUUUGCAAAGAGCAAGUUAUUUUCUUGUGGAUUGCUAAUGGUCUUGUACAGCAGUUCCAUUCUGGUAACCAAUACUUUAACGAGUUGAGAUCAAGAUCAUUGUUCGAAAGGGUCCCAGAGUCUUCUGAAAGAGAUGGAGGGAAAUUCUUAAUGCAUGAUCUUGUCAAUGAUUUGGCCCAAAUUGCAUCUUCAAAACUUUGUGUCAGGUUGGAAGAGUGCCAAGGACCUCAUAUGUUGGAACAAAGUCGGCAUAUGUCGUAUGCAAUGGGGAAAGGUGGUGACUUUGAGAAAUUGAAACCGCUCUCUAAGUCAGAGCAGCUGAGAACAUUGCUUCCAAUCUCUAUCCAGUACCUUUUCCGCCCUAAUCUAAGCAAGAGGGUGCUGCAUAACAUACUGCCAAGGCUAACAUCUUUAAGGGCAUUAUCAUUGUCAUGUUAUGAGAUUUUGGAGUUGCCGGAUGCUUUGUUUAUCAAAUUAAAACUCCUGAGAUUUUUGGACCUUUCUCGGACGCAGAUUAAAAAAUUGCCCCAUUCCAUCUGUGCAUUGUAUAACUUGGAGGCACUUCUCCUGUCAUCUUGUGCAUAUCUUGAGGAGCUACUGCCGCAGAUGGAAAAGCUAAUCAACUUGUGUCAUCUUGACAUAAGCGACACUUCUCGCUUGAAGAUGCCGCUACAUCUGAGCAAGUUGAAAAGCCUCCAAGUGCUAGAUGGAGCCAAAUUUCUUUUAGGUGGCCCCUGUGGUUGGAGAAUGAAAGAUUUGGGUGGAGCACAUUACUUGUAUGGAUCUCUAUCAAUUUUGGCGUUGCAAAAUGUGGUUGAUAGAAGGGAAGCUCAGAAGGCAAAGAUGAGGGAGAAGAAUCAUGUUGAAAAGUUUUCGUUGAAAUGGAGUAAAAGUGAUGCUGACAAUUCACAAACUGAAAGAGACAUACUUGAUGAACUACGCCCACACACAAACAUAAAAGAACUCCAAAUCUGCAGAUAUAGAGGGACACAAUUUCCAAAUUGGUUUGCUGAUCCUUCGUUUCUUAAGCUGCUAGUACAAUUGUCUCUUAGCAACUGCAAGGACUGUUUUUCCUUGCCAGCACUAGGACAACUUCCUUCUUUGAAAUUCCUUUCCAUUAGAGAGAUGCAUCGAAUAACAGAGGUGAUGGAGGAAUUCUAUGGUAGUCCGUCCUCCAAAAAGCCUUUUAACUCUCUUGAGAAGCUUGAAUUUGCAGCGAUGCCGGAGUGGAAGCAGUGGCACGUACUACGGAAUGGAGAGUUUCCUGCACUUCAGGACCUUUCAAUUGAUGAUUGCCCCAAGUUGGUUGGGAAGUUCCCCGCGAAUCUUUGUUCUCUGACGAAAUUGAGAAUCUCAAGAUGUCCUGAACUCAAUUUGGAGACACUCAUCCAACUUUCAAGUUUAAAAAAGUUUGUAGCUUCUUAUUCUCCUAAGGCUGGGGUUCUCUUUGAUGAAGCUGAACUAUUUACAUCCCUACUUGAGGGAAUGAAGCAGAUUGAGGAAUUAUCUAUUAGUAAUUGCAACUCUCUUACCUCCAUGCCUACUAGCACUCUGCCGAGUACGUUGAAGACAAUAAGGAUAUGGCGUUGCCAGAAAUUGAAAUUGGAGAUGAUUUCUAAGAUGUUUCUGGAGGUAUUGAGACUGGAUGAAUGUGAUUCUACAUCAUCAACGGAGUUGGUCCCAAGAGCACGCAAUUUGUAUGUAAGGAGUUGCCAAAACCUUACUAGUUUUUUGAUUCCUAAUGGGACUGAAACACUCCAUAUUAGUGAUUGUGAGAAUCUUGAAAUACUUUCGGUGGCAUGUAGGACCCAGAUGAUGUCAUUAGGUAUCCACAAUUGCAAAAAGCUGAAGCGGCUACCAGAACGUAUGCAGGAACUCCUUCCCUCUCUUAAUAAACUGGAACUGUGGACUUGUCCAGAAAUAGAGUCCUUUCCUGAUGGAGGAUUGCCCUUCAAUUUACAACUCCUUACGAUCAACAAUUGCGAGAAACUGGUGAAUGGCCGAAAGGAGUGGCGUUUACAGAGACUCCCCUCUCUCAGAGUGUUACGCAUCUACCACAAUGGCAGUGACGAAGAUAUUGUUGGUGGUGAGAAUUGGGAGUUGCCUUGCUCUAUUCGAAAGCUUACCAUAAGCAAUAUGAAAACAUUAAGCAACCAACUACUCAAAAGGCUCACCUCUUUUGAAUCUCUAUAUAUUAGUGAUUUACCUCAAGUUAAGUCACUGCUUGAAGAAGGGCUUCCCUCCUCCCUCUCUGUGCUGACCAUCGGGAAUUGCCGUAAUCUCCAAUCCCUUCCAGUAAAAGGGAUGCCCUCCUCCCUCUCUAAGCUGUCCAUCGAGGAUUGCCCUAAUCUCCAAUCCCUUCCAGUAAAAGGGAUGCCCUCCUCCCUCUCUGAGCUGUCCAUCUCUCAUUGCCCUAAUCUCCAAUCACUUCCCGAAUCAGCGUUUCCCUCCUCCCUCUCUGUGCUGACCAUCGAGUAUUGCCGUAACCUCCAAUCACUUCCAGUAAAAGGGAUGCCCUCUUCCCUCUCUAAACUAUCUAUUCGCUACUGCCCAUUGCUCGAACCACUCCUAGAAUAUGACAAGGGGGAGUACUGGCCAGAAAUUGCUCACAUCUCCACCAUAAAUAUUGAUGGCAAAUUCCUUUGAUGACUUAAACCGAAUGUGUGUAGCAUCUAUUGCCUCUGUGAAGCCGAGGAAGCAUCUUCAGAUCAAGAUAAAACGAAAAUAUGAUUCGCCAUCAAGAAAGCUGUUCCGCUUUGUUCUGCAUUUUUUCGUCUCUUCUACAGAGAUAAAGGGUCCAAGAUGCUUCAGUUACCAAGAUGCCUCCCAAUAAGUUAAAACUACUAAAAGCAUCAGCACUGUGCAGUUUUUUGUUAAUGAUUAUUGGAUAUCAACUUUGCAAAUUUUAUUCUUUGUCAGGAUUUUCGUAUGCUGUUACAACUCUCAGCUCAGUUGGUAAAAGGAAAAUUCUGCUGCAAUUCUCUAUUGAAUAGAAAGUCACUCGAAUGUGGUCUGACAGCAAAGUGAUAUAAAUUACGUUGUGCUCAUUUAUCAAACACAUAGCUUUAAAUUAAGGCUCCAUAGAGAAUCUAUUGAAAAGAUAAUGACAGAUAACAAUCAGAAGUUUUAGGAAAUAAGUAAACUUCCAUUGUCGGGAUUUUGGGAGCUAUUCAACAUCCAAUUGCCGUCUCAGUUAGAUUGCUUGUCCUUACCAUUUUCCUUUAAACAAGUCACUUCAGGUUGGGAAUAUCUUCCUCCGGGAAAGAUGUCAUUGCCUUGUGAUCUUGGUUUCGACUUACUGAAAAAAGUAGACAAUUUACAAGUUUUUGAGAUAUCACACAAGUCGGAAGUUCAGCAGAAAGAAGGUCGAGAUGGACCUGAAGAAACUGAGAGGGACUCUCCAUGGCAUCAACAGCUUAUUCUGUAUUUUGGAGAGUGGUGUUUUCAUCCAUUCAGACCAAAAGCGCACCAAUUUUAGAAACUUCAGCUGAUGGAGCAAGUCCGGCAACUGCUGCCUCUGAUCAAUCUGGAGACCUGUGGUCAGAAGUCAAAUCCAACGUUGCACAGAAGGAGGACCGCAUGCGAUUCAACUUUUUGGCAUGGCUGGACUUGUCCAAUCGGAAAAUCCCUGGUGUAAAGUUGUAUUCUUCAGCAUUGAGGAUAUGCUGGCAACCUCCAAAAAAUUACAGGGCAAUAAGUCAUACUUACAAAUAACCAAGGAAAUCUACUAUUUGGCCUGCUUUAUCUAUACCUUCUUCUUUACACCAAAAAUACAUAGUACUAAUGCAAGAAUCUUUGACUUCUUUCCAUAAAGCAUGAUCUUCUUUGACAAAACUCCGAAGCCACUUUGCAAGUAAACACUUAUUGUGGAGCCUUAAAUUCUUGAUACCAAUCCCCCCUGAUUGUUUGCUGAGUUGAGCAGUUUGCCAUUUGACUAAAUGAAUACCUUUCCCUCUCUUGUUGCCCAAACACAAGAAGUCCUCAGUUUGUCUAGUUUCUCUUCCACCUUAACAGGUAGAGGGAAGAGUGACAUGACAUAUGACGGUAGUUCAUCUAGGACUGAGUUGAUCGGGAUUGCUCUUCCUCCCAGGGAUAAGUACUGUGACUUCCAAGUAGCUAAUUUUUUCUCAGUCUUCUCCACAAUACCAAAGGCAUCCCCAGAUAGGUAGUUGGGAAUUUUUCUACGUUGUUACUUAAGGUAUUCGCUAGGCUUUGAAUGUUUGCAACUUCCUCCUUCUAACAUAUGAGGUGAAUUUCUUACUAUAAAUGUGUAUAUGAUUUGAAUCAAAAUUGUUAAAUUUUAUUGAAUUCGUAACUUUGUUAUGUUUCUGUAAGUGAGUUAAGAUUAAAGGUUAUAACUCACUUGUUUAGCUCCUCUACCUUUCACGAUUGAAGUGAAGGAUUUAAUAACCCAUCAGUAGACAACAAACUACGUCGAUUUUAAUAAAUAUUUAUAAAAAUGAAUAAUUUUUACGCCAUUCAAUUAUAUAUUAUCAUGUAAUAUAUGUUCUAUUUUAGUUUUCAGAUUACAAUAGAAUUAAACAUAAAUAUCUUUCGACAAAGUGUAAUACUAUUGGUGUAAAUAUCUUUUUAUAUUGUUAGUGAAUACUGUUAGGAUCGAUUAGCAGUUCACACACAUUAAAUCUAUGGAGAGGAUGAAGAAAACUAGAGAGAGUUCUUGAGGAGAGAGAGAGAGAGGUAAUUUCGUGGUAACACCCGUGGGUAACCUCCGCAGCGGAUAGACUAUUUAUAUUAAUGACUUGGAGUAUGUACAACUACACAGAGAAUGAGAAUAAAAGAUACAUUAAUAUAUAACAGUACGUCACAUAUUAAUCAGGCUUCACAACCUAACAAAUACUAAUCAAACUCAACUUACUAUGGCAUAUCAAGUAGUGUUAUACCUAUAAGAGUUUAUUAUGAUUAUUUUAUCAAGUAGACACAUGGGUUGGUCGGUAAUUGUAAUACCUAGAUGUGACAAUGACUUUCUUGUUACUCUGAAUACGUCCGAGCCAACGAAAAUCAAAAGAUGACAUGAUUAUUAUUGGAUCUUCAGUAUUGACAAAUCUGAAUUUGAGCUAUGUGUAAUUGUUUAUCGUGUGUUUUAAGAGAGUAUAAUCACUUUCUAGUUUUUAUUCUCGCUGAAAAAAAAUUAGGACCUAGUUACACACUAUAUUACUAAUUUAUUGUUAAAUAGUUUGUAACUAACAAAAUCUUUAGACAACAUGUUGCAACUACAGCGCAAACUUUUAUCAUUUCAUCGUAUCUCUUGGUGUUUCCAAAUUCCCAACUUGUUAACAUGUUUUCAAGUACUCCCUUUUACAAUUUAUACGAUUCACUUUUCUUUUAGUCAGUUCACACAAAUAUCGACGAUUUAUUUUAUACUUAAUUUUCAAAAUAAUUCUUUCUUAUAUUUCUCGCCAAAUGAAACUACACAUAAACUGAGAAUGAGGAAAUAAAAAAGUCAUGGCAAGGAGACAUGAAAUGAAAACAAAACAUUAUGAAGUCUUUGUCAACGCAACCACCCCACCACCCUUUCUCUGUUGCCUCAAUUAUUCAACUUUGUCAUACUCAUGUAAGGGAGAAAAAAGGACAGCUUUGAUUCAUAGUUGUACCAAUUACAAGUAAAACCACUGCAAAAAAAAAAAAAAAAAAAAAAAAGAAAGAGAAAGACAGAAGAAUCACUUUGCAAAUUACUCUUACCAUUCAACAGAUUUCAAAAAUGGAUAUUGGCUUAGCAGUUGGUGGUGCAUUUCUCUCUUCAGCUUCGAAUGUUCUCUUUGAUAGGCUUGAUCCUCAUGGUGAUCUUCUCAAGAUGUUUCAGAAACAUAAGCUUGAUGUUGGGCUUUUAGAGAAGUUGGAGGACAUUUUGCUUGGUCUUCAGAUUGUGCUAAGUGAUGCAGAGAAUAAGAAGGCAUCAAAUCCACUCGUGAGGAAGUGGAUGAAUAAGCUUCAGCGUGCUGUGGACGGCGCUGAAAACUUCUUGGAAGAAGUCAAUUACGAGGCUUUGAGGCUUAAGGUGGAAAGUCAGCAUCCAAAUCUUGCAGAAACUAGUAACCAGCAAGAGUUGUUCAAUCAAUUUGCAGAAAAACUACGAAGUGCACAAAUGCUUGAAGAAUGAAAUCUUUAUUUCACAAUCAGCGUGUAGCGUCUAUUGCCACUGUGAAGCUGAAGAAGCAUCUUGAGAUCAGCAUGAAAAAUGACAAAAAAGUUACUUGAGUAAGGAGGAUGCAGUUUAGAACUGCACAUGUUCAACCUUGUGCUUUGAUAACAUUUAGAAUCUUAUCAUCCUCCGGAAAUGCAGUCUCUCUAAAGUCUACUAGAAUAUCCAAGGAUUUUGGUAACAAUAUGUUCUUAGCUCAUUGGUGAAAGGAAAGUAAACUUCCUUCGUUGUGAAUUGGCAGCUAAUUCAUGAAUUUUCAAUGCCAUAGCAAUUCUUGUACUCUUGAAGUUUCCUUGAGCAAGGAAGAGGUGUUCUGGGGUAAAUAUCCAUUCAGUGUCGAUAAAGGAGUUGCUCAAUCAGUUUGCGGAAUCAUUUGGAAGGGCAUGAAUUCUCGGAAAAAAUUAACACUUCGGAUAACCUUCAGUUCUUGAUUAAUCGUUAAAGAGAUGAAUUAACAGCUUGCUCCUUUGACGUUGCGCUGUUCUUCUAGCUUCGUCAGCAUUAAAAAUUGCUUAUGAGUUACGUUUUCUUUGCGUAAGGAGGUUGUGAUUUCCAAUUCGUACAACCAUCUUUUGGCUUGCUUGAGGUAUAUGAACCAGACUUUCUGCUAAUGGAACACACAACUCUAAUGGAACCCAAAGGAGUUGUUCAACCUUGUCUUCGUAGUCUUAAAGUCUUUCAUGGAAACACAAGGAAGAGAACAUGAAUGGUCAGAAACUACGCAAAUCAAAAAUGCGGAUGAAGAUUUUCAAGCACAGAUUUCAGAUAUGGAGAUUGGCUUAGCAGUUGGUGGUGCAUUUCUGUCUUCAGCUUUGGGUGUUCUCUUUGAUAGACUUGCUCCUCAUGGCGAUCUGCUCAAGAUGUUUCAGAAGAAUAAGCAUGAUGUUCGACUCUUAAAGAAGCUGAAAAUGACUUUGGUUGGCCUUCAGGCUGUGUUAAGUGACGCGGAGAAUAAGCAGGCAUCAAAUCAACACGUGAACCAGUGGCUAAAUGAACUUCGAGAUGCUGUGGACGGCGCUGAAAACUUAAUGGACGAAGUCAACUGAGGCCUUGAGGCUUAGGUGGAAACAAGCAACCAGUAAGGGGAAUCAGAAUGCCUGUGAUGAUUAAAUAAAAAAGAAGUUCCCACAGAUGAGUUGUUCAAUCUCUGAGCUGCAUAUAUAUAUAUAUCAUUGGCGUAAUCUCCAGUUGCUUCCAGAAUCAUCAGACUGUUCUCUUCCAUGUUUGAACAAUGAUUUUGGUAACAACAUGUUGUUAGCUCAGCUGGUGAAAGGAAAGUCGUGCUAACAUUCUCCAUUGAAAAGACUUUGACCUCAAAUGUGAUCUGUUAGGAAACUACUCUACAGGAUCAACAACCAUAGCGCAUGGAAUAUGGUAGAAUUCCUCAAUAUGGCUAUUCAGGAAUCAUGUGAUGCGGUGAAAGGUUUCCCAUUGGGGUUCCCGACCCUCCAAAUCUCCACUUGCUUGUGGAAUGGGGGGAGGGGUUCCUUGCUAUUAAGGUGUCAGGGCGGUCGAAGGUCACAAGCGGAAGCAACCGAUGUGCUGGCAAAAGAAGGGGUUACUGUUGGUUUUACCUACUAUUGGAUUUUUCAGAUCAAUUCUUUGCUGCAAUCGCGUUGAUCCACCGAAAUUCUGUGAAGUUUGAACACCAAUUAGUAAUAGUCAUUUUCUAGUACCAAUUACAUGAUCCAGUCGUAUUAACUAUCAGAACUGAUAUUGUAAAAGCUGAAGUAUUCCAACUAAUUUACUCAUUAGACUUGCUUUGAGAUGUUGUAAAAGAGACCUAGUAUAGAUAGGAAAUGAUAAUUUUCUCAAUUAUGUUGAUAGCAUAAAUUAGUACUAACGUACCACAAAUCAUUUGCCAUUAACGUAGGUAUAUAUGUCAGCUGGAUGUUUAUAGUAUAUCUAUACAUGAACCAUUGAAGAUUUUUAAUUCAUCUCAAUAUCAAUUCAUAUACAUGAACCAGUGCAUUGAGCAAGGAAGAGGUGUUUCGGGUUAAUGAUUGUAUAGCAAUCAGCGUCAAUAAAGAUCUUCCCUCACCGCUCUUUGUUCCGGAGUUGUUCAAUCUUGUCUUCGCUGUCUUAAAUCCAUCAAUUCUUGGAAUCGCAGGGAAGAUCAUGAACUGUCAGAAACUAUGCAAUCAAAAACUGAAUCGAUAUGGAACAUACGGCUCUAAUGGAACCCAAAGGAUUGUGACAUGGCUCAACAAUUAUUUGGGAAGUAGAAAGUUUCGAAGGUGUCUCUGCUCAAGUUGUAGAAGCUUUAACUGGUAUUUUAUUCUCAUGUUGGAUUGAACAUCAGGGACUAUGGAUGUGAUAGCUUGUAUUGUUGGCUUUUAGUUUUUGAUUAGGCUUGCACGACUUUAAAAUGUGUCACAAAGGUUGAAGGAUCGCUUUUUUAUAUACUAACAAUCAACGUCUCUCAUGUGACAUUUGUCAAGAAUGUGACAAUGACUUUCUUGUUACUCUGAAUACGUCUAAGCCAACAAAAUCAAAAGAUUGACGUGAUUGUUCUUGGAGUCCGGAGCCAAAAAGGCUAAAUUUUUUGACCAAAAAUUUCAAAAGAGACACUUGAUUUGUGAAGAAACCAAAGGGGAUUAAACGUUGUUGGCUGAGCGAUUUACAAGUUGCUUGGUAUCCAACGAUUUGCAGGUCGCACAGUGUCCAGUGAUUUGCAAGUCGCUUGGUGUCCAAUGAUUACCAAAUCGUCGUGGGAACCAAGCGACUUGCAAAUCGCUGAACAUCAAGCGACUUGCAAAUUGCUCAACCACCAACGUUUUGUCUCCUUUAGUUUCUUUUCAAAUCAGGUGUAAAAAAAAUUGGAUGUCCAGUAUUGAGAAAUCUGAAUUUGAGCUAUGUGUAAUUGUUUAUCACGUGUUUUAAGAGAAUAUAAUCACUUUCUAAUUUCUACGCUCCCUGCGAAAAGAAAAUUAGGAAUUAGUUACAAAGUUCUAUUACUAAUUUAUUGUUAAAUAGUUUGUAUUGAUAAUAUGUUGCUAAUAAUUGCUAAUAUGUUGGGUCCCUUGCGAAGAUUAUUGCAUAUAACCUUGAUAUGAUUCUUGCCAAAAUGUAAUUUACUCGAAACAGAUAGUAUAAAGCAGCAGGAGUCAGUUAAACAGGUUAUAUGAUUCUUUCUUCUUUAGGUGAAAAAUCAAAUGUAACAUGUGUUAAUAGUAGUUUCUCUUGGAGAAUGAU